AAACCGAAGAAAGUAGCAACAAUCACGAAAACGAAAUCAAAAUCGAUACAUAUUAGCAUUAUUAUUAUAAGCUUCUACACAUAUUGAGAAUUAUAUUUUACUUCAAAGGUUCUUUCUUUCUAAUUUAGAAGAAUAUUUACGACAAUGGCAUCCCGAUCGACAAAUCAGCAGAAGGUUGAGGAAGCAGAGGCAGCGGUGAAGAUUGCAGCUGCCGAUCUAGAAGGAAUUCAAAGAGAACAAAAACGACAAGAAGAAGAAGCGGAACGACGUCGUAUGAGUACCGGUAAUAAUAGGAUGACGGAAACGACAACUGAUAUUCGUCUACGACAACAAGAUCAGCCCCAAAAGCCUGGUGUUAUUGGUUCUGUUUUUAGAGCCGUUCAGGACACUUACGAGCACGCCAAAGAAGCAGUCGUCGCCAAAGGCAGUGGUACAGAGACGUCCAGGGAAGGUGAAGAUUACGCUAAGAAAGAUAAGAUGGGAGAGUAUGCUGAUAAUUCCGCCACUCAGAGGGCGAAAGAGAAUAAGGAUUCUGCGGUUGAGAAGACCAAACAGGCCAAGGAUAAUACUCUGGCCAAGGCUGCCGAGACUAAGGAUGCUGCGGCGGAGACGGCGAAACAUGCCAAAGAUGCUACUUUGGGCAAGGCUGCGGAGACUAAGGAUUACACGGCGCAGAGAGUGAAAGAAACUAAGGAUGCUGCAACUGAAAAGGCGAAACAAGCCAAGGAUACUACUUUGGGGAAGGCUGCGGAGACUAAGGAUUACACGGCGCAGAGAGCCAAGGAGAUUAAAGAUGCUGCGGCGGAGAAAGCGAAACAGGGGAAGGAUGCGACAUUGGGGAAGGCAGGGGAGAUGAAGGAUGCUGCGGCUGAGAAGGCCAAACAAGCCAAGGAUACGACAUUGGAGAAGGCAGGGGAGUACAAGGAUUAUGCGGCUGAUAGGGCUGUUGCGGCGAAAGACACUACGGUGGAGAAGGCUAAGGAGGCUAAGGACUUGGCUGCGCAGAAGGCGGCGGAUGCUAGAGAUUAUGCAGCGGAGAAGGCUGGUCAAGGGAAAGAGAAGCUUGGUGAGUAUAAGGAUUAUGCAGUUGAGAAGGGUGUGGAGACUAAGGAGUUGGCUGCUCAGAAGGCGGCUGAUGCGAGAGAUUAUGCAGCUGAGAAGGCGGGUCAAGGGAAGGAGAAGCUUGUUGAGUGCAAGGAUUAUGCAGUUGAAAAGGGUGUGGAAAGUAAGGAUUUUGCUGCUGAUAAGGCGAAGCAGGGGAAAGAUACGACAGUGGAGAAGGUGGGAGAGUAUAAGGAUUACACAGCUGAGAAAGCCAAGGAGGGCAAAGAUACCACAGUUGGUAAACUUGGUGAGCUCAAGGAUUCUGCUGCCGAUGCUGCUCGGAAGGCUCUUGAUUUCUUUGCCGGAAAGAAAGAAGAGACUAAGCAGAAGGUGGCUGAAACAGGAGAGAAAGCUAAGGAGAAAUUGAAUGAAGAAGAGGAAGACACCAGACGAAAGGUGGAAGAUUUGAAGUUAGAAGGGUAUGAGACUGUCCAAAAGCCCAGUGAAACCACCAGAGGUCCUAGUUCUGUAACAUUUGAAACACGCGCGGCGCGUGAUCGUCACGCCGGUGCCGUAAGGGCUGGAGAGGAAUUUGUGGUUGCCGUGGAGGAUACUCGCCCUGGAUACGUGGCCGCUACAUUUAAAACUGCUGACCAGUUAACGGGCCAGGCUUUUAACGAUGUGGGUUCUAUGGAUGAUGAUGAAGGCCCAUUAAAACUGGACCGUACGGACAAAGACCGCCAAGGCAAGAUGUGAUCAAUUUCAGUAUUUUGGGCGGGAACUAUAAUGAUUUGGCUUUUUUGUUUUGGGUUCUCUUAUCGUUUGGUUGCAAGGCUAAUAACUUGGGUUUUAGAUUGACACCAUUCAAUCUCUCCCUAUCUCCAUGUAAUAUUCACUCGGGUCUUUAUGGCUUUUGCUUAACUCUGUAACCUUUUUUGUUUUAUAUAUAAUUAAUUAAUUACAAAUA